CUAAACUAUGAAGUCACUUUCAGAGACCAUUUUGAUAUCAUCUCUCAUCUUCUUCUUCUUCUUUGGCUUUGGACUUGCGAAACAGAGCUUUGAACCAGAGAUUGAAGCUUUAAGAUCCUUCAAGAAUGGUAUUUCAAGCGACCCUUUGGGAGUAUUGUCGGAUUGGACUACCACAAGACACUGCAAUUGGACCGGAAUCACCUGCGACAGUACCGGUCAUGUUGUCUCGGUUUCCUUGCUGGAGAAGCAACUUGAAGGUGUUCUGUCUCCAGCCAUAGCAAAUCUCACCUAUCUCCAGGUUCUUGAUCUCACUUCAAAUCAAUUUACCGGCCAAAUACCGGGUGAAAUCGGGAAGUUAACCGAGCUUAACCAGCUUAUUCUUUACUUAAACAAUUUCUCUGGUUCGGUUCCUUCUGAGAUUUGGGAGCUUAAGAAUAUUGUGUAUCUUGAUCUUAGAAACAAUUUGUUGUCUGGUCAUGUUUCUGAAGCAAUCUGCAAAACCAGUUCUUUAGUAUUGAUAGGGUUUGAUUACAAUAACUUAACCGGGAAAAUACCAGAAUGCUUAGGAGAUUUGGUCCAUCUCCAGAUGUUUGUAGCAGGUGGUAACCGGUUAAGUGGUUCAAUUCCGGUAUCAAUUGGUACUCUGGCUAAUCUGACCGAUUUAGACCUGAGUGGUAACUUGUUAACCGGAAAAAUACCGAGAGAUUUUGGAAAUCUCUCGAAUUUACAGUCUCUCGUUUUAACUGGAAACUUGUUGGUAGGAGAAAUACCGGCUGAGAUCGGAAACUGCUCGAGCUUGAUCCAACUCGAGCUGUACGAUAACCAGUUAACCGGGAAAAUUCCAGCUGAAUUAGGGAAUUUGGUUCAGCUGCAAGCACUCCGGAUAUACAAGAACAAACUUACUUCUUCAAUUCCAUCCUCUUUGUUUCGGUUAACUCAGUUAACCCAUUUGGGUUUAUCAGAAAACCAAUUGGUUGGACCAAUACCGGAAGCAAUCGGUUAUCUCAAGUCACUUGAAGUCCUAACGCUUCAUUCCAACAACUUUACAGGGGAGUUUCCACAGUCCAUCACAAACAUGAGGAACUUGACAGUGAUAACUAUGGGGUUCAACUCUAUUUCCGGUGAGCUCCCGGCGGAUCUAGGGCUUCUUACAAACCUUAGAAACCUUUCAGCGCACGACAAUCUACUCACCGGACCAAUACCUUCUAGCAUAAGUAACUGCACCGGUCUUAAACUCCUGGACCUGUCUCACAACCAGAUGAUUGGCAAGAUCCCGCGGGGUUUCGGAAGGAUGAAUCUUACGUUUAUUUCUAUCGGGAGGAAUCGUUUUACAGGUGAAAUUCCAGACGAUAUCUUCAACUGUUCAAACGUGGAAACUCUUAGUGUGGCAGACAACAACUUAACAGGAACUCUCAAGCCAUUGAUUGGGAAGCUUCAGAAACUCAAGAUUUUGCAAGUUUCAUAUAACUCUCUCACUGGAACCAUUCCUCGAGAGAUAGGGAAUCUCAAAGAGUUGAAUAUCUUGUACCUUCACCAUAAUGGUUUUACAGGGAGGAUCCCGAGAGAGAUGUCGAAUCUCACUCUCCUCCAGGGUCUAAGGCUGCAUUCAAAUUAUCUUGAAGGUCCAAUUCCUGAAGAAAUCUUUGAUAUGAAGCAACUCUCAGUUCUUGAUCUAUCCAACAACAAAUUCUCCGGUCCAAUUCCUGUUUUGUUCUCGAGGCUUGAAUCACUUACCCUCUUAGAUCUUCAUCGAAACAAGUUCAACGGAUCUAUCCCUGCAAGCCUGAAGUCGCUUUCGCUUCUCAACACAUUCGAUAUCUCUGACAAUCUUCUCACCGGAACCAUCCCUGGGGAGUUGUUAACUUCUAUGAAAAACAUGCAGCUUUAUCUCAACUUCUCAAACAACUUCUUGACUGGAACCAUCCCAAACGAGCUUGGGAAGCUUGAAAUGGUUCAAGAAAUCGACUUUUCGAACAAUCUCUUUUCCGGGUCUAUUCCAAGAUAUUUACAAGCCUGCAGAAACAUCUUCUCGCUGGAUUUUUCGAGGAACAAUCUCUCGGGUCAGAUCCCAGAUGAAGUCUUUCAACAAGGAGGCAUGGAUAUGCUCAUAAGCUUGAACCUUUCAAGGAAUAGUCUCUCUGGUGGCAUCCCUCAAAGCUUUGGGAACAUGACACAUUUGGUCUCCUUGGAUCUCUCUAGUAACAAUCUCACAGGUGAAAUUCCAGAGAGUCUUGCCAAUCUUUCGACUCUGAAACAUCUCAAACUAGCUUCAAACCACCUCAAAGGCCAUGUUCCUGAAUCCGGUGUGUUCAAAAACAUCAACGCGUCUGAUUUGAUGGGAAACACAGAUCUCUGUGGCAGCAAGAAGCCUCUUAAGACAUGUAUGAUCAAGAAGAAGUCUAGCCAUUUCACGAAGAGAACUGCGAUCAUCGUGAUUGUUCUUGGAUCAGCCGCAGCUCUUCUUCUUGUUCUGCUUCUUGUUCUGUUUCUCACCUGUCGCAAGAAAAAGGAAAAAAAGAUUGAAAACUCAUCAGAGUCCUCACUACAUGAUUUGGAUUCAGCUCUGAAGCUGAAAAGAUUCGAUCCGAAAGAGUUAGAACAAGCAACAGAUUCAUUCAACAGUGCCAACAUCAUUGGUUCAAGCAGCUUAAGUACAGUGUACAAAGGUCAGCUAGAAGAUGGGACAGUGAUUGCAGUAAAAGUAUUGAACCUGAAGCAAUUCUCUGCAGAGUCUGAUAAAUGGUUCUACACAGAAGCUAAAACAUUGAGCCAACUAAAGCAUCGAAACCUGGUGAAAAUCUUAGGGUUUGCUUGGGAAAGCGGCAAAAUGAAAGCUUUAGUGCUACCAUUUAUGGAGAAUGGAAGCUUGGAGAACACGAUUCACGACUCUUCUGCACCGAUUGGCUCGUUAUCCGAAAGAAUCGAUCUCUGUGUUCAUAUUGCCAGCGGAAUCGAUUAUCUUCAUUCUGGCUAUGGUUUUCCAAUCGUUCAUUGUGAUCUGAAGCCAGCGAAUGUACUCCUCGACUCUGAUCGUGUUGCUCACGUAAGUGAUUUCGGAACUGCUCGGAUUCUAGGGCUACGCGAAGAUGGAAGCACCACAGCUUCAACGUUAGCUUUCCAAGGCACAAUUGGAUACUUAGCUCCAGAGUUUGCUUAUAUGAGGAAAGUGACCACAAAAGCUGAUGUAUUUAGCUUCGGGAUCAUAAUGAUGGAGCUAAUGACAAAACAGAGACCAACUUCAUUGAAUGAAGAAAAAUCACAAGGCAUGACGUUGCGUCAACUUGUGGAGAAAUCGAUUGAAGAUGGAACAGAAGGGAUAAUUAGGGUUCUUGAUUCUGAACUCGGGGACGAUAUUGUUACUCGGAAACAGGAAGAGGCCGUCGAAGACUUGUUGAAGCUUUGUUUGUUCUGUACAAGCUCCAGACCUGAAGAUCGACCUGAUAUGAAUGAGAUUCUUACACAUCUGAUGAAACUUAGAGGCAAAGCCAAUUCGUUUCAAGAAGAUCGAGAAGUUUAGUAGCAAAACUUUUCGAAUAUGUCAAACUAUGUUUCUAAAGUUGAAUAAACGUUCUAAUUUUGUU